ACAGACUGGAGCUUGGAGGUGUGUUGUGAGAUUUGGAAGAUCAGAGAAUUGAAGUAAGGGAGACUCUGCCCCAGCAGGACAGGUAGACUCCCUCCCUGCAGCGUCUAAGGACCCAGGGUAACCCCACCUAAGGGGGACGAGGGCACUAGCAGGGCCCUCGGCACCCAAGAGCAGGGGCAAGGCGUGGCGUCUUAGCACCCCCACACCCCAAGAAAAAGCGCAGGACCAACCAUAUGAACAUCAGCUAUCUUGUCAUAGUAAUUUUCAGAUGGUGGAAAAUCUCUCUUAGAAGUGAAUUUCGUGAAACAAAGCCUGGGGAACUUAAAGAAUCUCAUGAAUACUUCUUGGAUGAUCCAUCUCUUCAGAUUCAAAUUGCUGUAAUUUUUGGUGCCAACAUUCUGGAACAUAUCUUCAAUCUGUGCCGGGGUAACUUUGACUUCCUGGAACGGCUUCCUGACUCAUUGCUCCUGUACAUCAUUUCCUUUCUGGAGCUUGAAGAUAUUGCCAGGCUUUCUCAAGUUUCACACAGAUUUGAAACGAUAUGCAACUCUGACACACUGUGGGAGAAAAUUGUGCAGAAUUUGUGUGGUACAAUUACCCCUGAAAUGAGAGCACUGGCAGAGGAAGUGGGUUGGAAGCAGUUCUUCUUCACAAACAAGCUUCAGCUUCAGCUGCAGCUCCGAAGAAGGAGGCAGAAACAAGAUGAUUCAAAGACUAAAUAAAGCAGCAUGCUUUUUCAUUAUGGGCAAAAGUUGUAAGUGCGGACUUGUAUAUUACAGUAUAAUUGGUUACUUUUACUGAAAAAAAUUAGGCUAUUAAAACAGUAUACGUAAAGCAUAAUGGAAGCAAUACAUAAACAACAUUGCCUUUUAUAGACUGGAAUCUUAUUAAUCAGGCUCCCAGCUACCACCAGCAAUAGAAAAGGUUCAAGCUCCAUAUAUAUAUAUAUAUAUAUAUAUAAAGUUUAUAUAGAGAUAUAUAGAUAUAAUAAGUUUACAUAUACAGUGGUUACCAUUUGAACAGAAUUUGACAACAGAUAUCAUAAUGUUGCCACAGUUAUUUCCUAAGAAAUAGGGAGAAAUGUGGUAUGUCAGUUCUUAUUGUGUAGAAACCAUUGGUAAAUGCUGACUGUUUACUGGCCACCAUGGCAAAUGUGAAAUGUUAAAAGGUGACCAGCAGGUAUCUUGGGUCCAAAAUUUGAACUACAUUAAAAUGAAUUUAAAAUUAGUGAACGUCCUCUGUAGUCUAGAUGUCUAAAAUUCAAACAAAUAAGCAAAUCAGCACUCUGUCACUAAGGGAAAAUGUCAUUAGAAACCAAGAACUGAAUGGGUAUGUAUACCACAUUACCCUCUUCCUUUUAGAUAGCUGCUUCAGGUCAUGGUUUGAGAACACUGGAAGGAUGGUAUAUGGGUGAAAUUUUCACUGCUUCUGCCUAUGCAGGAACUCCUGAUGAUAAUGGACUAGAGUUGCCUGUGUUAUGACUGUGUUAUACCUUUGAGUUCUACAUUCACUUAAGAAUAUUUUCAAUUAUAAAAUAAUAUUAACUAUUGGCUCUUUGCAUUGUAGCACAUCAAUAAUGUUCCUACCAAAAAGAGCUGACAAAUCCAUUAAGAAAAUAUUUUACAUAGCUUAGAAUUUCAUCUUAAAUGUUGUUAAUUACAACAGUAACAUCAACAAUCCAGAGGUCAAGUAUUACUAUCCUUAAAUUAUUAAUUAAUGUCUACCAUGUGUUAUUGACUAGGUUUAAAUAUUUAGCAUUAAUACCAAUGCUUGCAUUUUUUCCAUAAAAUGGCCUAAAAGCUGCAUGAUUUACUCAGCUAAACUCCCACAAACUUCAGUUAGUCUUCGUAAGUAAGACCUGCAGGAUUUGGCACUGUACUAAUGAUAACAUCACAAAAAAUUAAGGCCAACGUGGUUGCACUGGAAUGCCUAAAGUUAGUCACCUGAAUUCACUAAAAAGUGGCUUGAUUUAUUUUAUAUGUUGAGCUGAUGUUGAUGUGAGUUCAUAGUAUUCAGUACCUCUGAAAAUCAGGUCAUUUUGUUUAGGUGCCUAAAUAUGGAUUUAGGUGAUUAGCUUUAGGCACCCAAGUAAAGCCAGAAUGCUCAAGGUGACCUAGUUUAUUUAUAACACAAACUUUUAUAAUGCAAAUGGUCCUUAUUCACAAAAGUAGUCUUAUUGAAACCAAGACUUACUUAUUGUUGUCUUAUUGUAUGAGUAAGGACUACACUUGUGAGAGAGGGUUACUGGGCUUGGGCCCUUAAAUAUGUAGCUGGUUAUUUGAAAUGUUUUAGUAGAGCCAUGUAUAUUUUGGCUAUAGUAAGUAUACAUAUAAGUAACUUAAUCCUGAACAAAUGCCACUAACAAUUUAUACAAUAAUUUAAGUAUGGCCACCAGAGUGACUGAUGCACUGGUAAAUGAUCAAACUAACUGUAAUGAUCAAACUAAGGUGCUAAUUACAGUAGCAUGAAAGGCAGUUAGACAAGUUUUGAUCUUUAACUUCUCUAAUUUUACAGGGUGUUGUGCUAUUUUUUAUUGAUGAAGCCUUGUAUUAUCAUUAUAUUAAACAUAAUCUAAGUUGUGAUUCUUUGUAUCUAGUGCCAAUUUUUCACCAUUUCCACCCUUCUCCAAGGUCACCAUUCAAAAUGAAAUGGUAUUAAAUAUAUAUUCUAUGGAAGUUUCUAAUCUUUGUAAAACAUGCAAUGUAUGGUAUACCCUUGGAGUUUAUAGAUAAAUGUGACCAUAUUCAUGCUAUAAAGCUAUUUACUUGCCAACAGUUUGCCAGAGGAAUAUUUUCCCUUUUUGUGAUGAUCUUUAGUUACUUUUGUUAUAUUAUUAUUUACUUUAGAACAAAUGCCAUAUUCUCUUUGGGCCAGAUUCUCAAGUGGUGCAAAUUUGCAAAGCUCCAUUAUCAUCAGUGCUGGCCCAUGAUUUUUAAAAACUGGUUUAAAUGUCAAGUAUUAAAAAUGCAGUUUGUAAAUCUACUGUAAAUUGUUAAUUAAGAAAUAAAAGUGUAGAUUCUACAAAAUGAUUUAUUCAGAUAGUCCAAAAUAUAUUUUCUCUUAUUUCAUAUUUUUUUUCUGAAUAUGUCAUUCUAGUAGUACUUUAAAUUUUGGAAGAAAUGUGCUAAUCGGAGUAAAUUUACUUUGCACUGGAAUUGUAUACAGAUAUCCCCUAAAUAUUUUGCUAAUAGUAAAGAGCAUUAGGAAGAAGUCCCUGAACCUUUCAAACACUGAAGCACGUUCUUAACUUUAUCCAUGUGAGUGGUCCACUUUAAGUCACUGGGACUACUUACAUUUAUAAAUUCAUUGUGUCUAUAAAUUUGUAGGAUCAGGACUUAUGUGAUUUUAUUUAAAGAUACUAUAUUUACAAGAUUCCAGUCCUUAGAGAAUAAAACACUCAAAGGGCAACUCUAAAAUAAAAAAGGAAUUUAUAAAGAACAGCAAUGCAUGAGCAUAGCUACUCGACAAUGGAGCCUCUUUCCUUAGCUUCAUGAAAGCUUAGUGGAUUUAGAUUUCCCUGGAUUUCCUUGGCAGUUUCUGCUCCCAGAAUCUGCUCAGGGGGCCUUUCAGAUUAUGAAGGGAGAAACCACCUAAAUUCAGCAUUAAUUUAAAUCGGUAAUUAUGCUAGAUUGAGUGGGAAAUGAUGCCAAGAAUGGCUAUCUCCCCACUUCCUGGACCAACCAGAUUACUGUCCCCUCUGCAGAGGUGAGGAGAAACAUUUAGCCCUUACUUUGCAGGAGUAUUCAUAGAUUCAUAGAUACUAAAGUCAGAAGGGACCUUAAAAGUGUCUUUACUUUUAAAAUGAAAAAGUGCAUAAUUAAAAAAUGAGAAAAUAUUAAAAUAUUUUAUAAUAUAAAGUUUAUUCUCAUUACAUGAUCCAGUUAUCCCAAAAAGAAAAAGAAGCUCUAUAGAAAGACAUAUGCACAUAUCUUAAAAGAACAACAUUUAAUUCAUUACAGUCAUAUGGAAAUAAAAACAAUUUGGACAAAUGGAAAAGUGAAGUUAGAAGUAUAAAAGACACAUAUCUUUUAAAAAAAAAAAAAAAAAAAAAAGAAGAAGAAGGAAAUUGAUGGAAGAUCACCAUUUCCAUAUAUAUAGUCCCCCAACAAAAUAAGUCACUUUGAUUAAAAUAAGCUAUCAGCAGCAUUCACACUAAACAAGACAUUGAACCUGCACUUAAAGAAUUGAUGUUGGUCUCAUAACUUCCCCUUAUUUGUUCUGUUUAUUUGGAUACCACAAAUUGUUUUCAAUAGAUUCCAGCAGCAUAAAGCAAUAUUAAAGCAGAAACCUCAUUUAUGAC